AUGGCUUCUGCAAACGGUCAUGCCAGCACAACAAACGGGGUCGGGCACUACAAGCCAAUUCCCGCAGACAUUGAGAUAGAUAACCGCAAACCAGACGAUCCCGCCAAGAUACUGUUCAAGAAUGUCAACAUCAUUGAUUCCACUGGCAAGGACCCGUACCUCGGCGACGUCUUGAUCGAGGGAGAACGCAUCACCCAAGUGGGCGGCAGCAUCGAUCAUGAUCCCUCCUCCGACACUCUCGUUAUUGACGGUGAGGGCAGGAAGACACUCCUGUCAGGACUCUGCGAUGCUCACACGCAUCUGAGCUGGAACAACUCGCCGACCCUGGACGGCCUCGUCAGUCUGCCACUUGAAGAGCAUGUGCUACACACCGCCCAUUCAGCCAAGAUGUACCUGGACUGUGGCUAUACCAUGUGUUUUGGAGCUGCCUCUGCUCGGCCGCGACUCGACGUCUGCAUCAAGGGCGCUAUAAAGAAGGGCAUGAUUCCAGGGCCCCGGACGCUGGCCAAUUCACAGGAGAUCUCAACAACGGGUGGUGCUAUCAUUCCCAGCAUCACCAAGUUCGCCGACGGGGUCGAUGAGAUGCGCCGCGUGGUCCGAGAGUUCCUGUCGCUGGGGAUUGACAACGUGAAGCUGUCGAUGACAGGAGACUACGUGCACGAAUUCAUGGGCAGCGAAGAGACAUACUUCACACUCGAAGAGACAAAAGCAGCUGUCGAAGAAGCCCACAACAGAGGCAAAAGGGUAUGCGCCCACGCCCGCAGUUGCGCAUCGGUGAAGCUGUGUGCCCUAGCCGGUGUCGACGUUAUCUACCACGCCUCCUUCGUAGACGAGGAAGGACUUAACCUCCUCGAGGCGAGAAAGGACCAGGUCUUCGUCGCUCCCGCCAUCAACUUCCCGUUGACAUCCUGCACUGGCGAGGCGAUACCGUAUGGCCUCACGCCCGAAAUGGCCGCAAAGAAGGGCCUGAAGCGCGAAGUGGAGAUCGCAGCUAGAGCGAUGAACGAGAUGCGGAAACGGGGCAUCAAGGUCCUUCCCGGCGGUGAUUUCGGAUUUGCCUGGGCGCCUCAUGGGACCUACGCGAGGGAUCUUGCUCACUUUGUGAAUCUGUUCGGCUAUACGCCUAUGGAAGCCAUCAUUGCGGCCACGGCUUGGGGCGGAGAGAUCAUGGGCCAUCCGGAGGAAUUAGGCAAGGUGCUUCCGGGAUACUAUGCCGAUGUCAUCUUGGUGGAUGGCAAUCCGCUGGAGGACAUUGAAAUCUUCCAGCACACAGAACGGAUCCACGCCAUCGUUAUCAACGGGCAUGUCCACAAAAAUAUCUCUGGCAAGGGACAGCCGAAGUGGGAGCCGGGCAAGACGAAAUUACCUGUUAUGAGGGAGGACGGUACCGUUGACUGGAAGAUGGAGGAUCGAUUUGGAACGGCCGUCAAGGCAUAA